UUUUGGGAGGAAAGAACAUGGUGACCACAACCCUUUCGAUGGUCCUAACGGGCUGCUGGCUCACGCUUACCCGCCGGGCCAAGGCAUCGGAGGAGACACGCACUUCGAUGAGGACGAGCACUGGAGCAAAGAUUCAUCAGCUUACAAUCUGUUCAUCGUGGCAGCACAUGAGUUGGGCCACGCCCUCGGCAUGUCGCACUCCACAGACUCGGGCGCCCUCAUGUACCCCAUCUAUUCGUACGCGACAGGGUACCCUCUUGCCGAGGAUGAUGUUAAAGGCAUCCAGGCACUAUAUGGCCCCAACCCAGACCACAAGAAAAUCAAGCCGAAGCCAGACGCCCCUCAAAAAUGUGACCCCACUUUGAGCUUUGAUGCUGCUACAGAACUCCGAGGAGAAACCAUCAUCUUCAAAGACAAGUGAGUCCAUGCGCAAACAGACUGAAU